UAUGCACAUCUCCGUCAUCGUUGCAGCCGGGGUACGAUAAACACAGUGAAGGAGUCGCUUUUUGGUGGGUGUUGCACAAGGAGUAUACUCCUUGCGGCUGCCGCCCUCAAUCGAUUCCUGUUUCGUAACAUGCACAAGGUCCUGCGGCGACAGCCAUGGACUUGUGCCAAAUGCCUCCGCAGGCAGCAAAGACUCAAUUCGACGGCGACUGGUACGGCGGCGGCGCAAGAACGUCCCUUCGAAUCUGCCUAUAUCCACGGCUCUCCUGCGCGACAUGGCGAUAACGCACAGUUGCGGGAACUCUUCAACAACAAAGGCAGCUGGCAGACGUCGGCAAAGAAGAGCUCGGGAUUGAUAGGGAAUGCACAUUUGACGACACCACAGGGCUUUCAGAAGUUUGCGGAAAGGUCGCUGGCACAGUGUAAAAGACUCGUGGAGAGAACAUUGGCAGCUUCGACGCUCGAACAAUACAGAGCCAUCCCCAAAGACCUGGACCGACUUAGUGAUCUGCUAUGUCGGGUCAUAGAUCUCUCAGACUUCAUUCGAAGUAUUCAUCCGAAUGCAGCUGUUGCUGCAGCUGCUAGUGCCUCGUACUCGCUCAUGUUCCAAUACAUGAACGAACUCAACACUACCACCGGGCUCAAUACACAGCUGAAGAAGGCAUUGAAUAUGUCCGAAGUCACAUCGAACUGGAGCGAUGAGGAGAAGAUGGUUGCAAAACUGCUAAUCAAGGAUUUUGCAAAGUCUGGCAUUGAUCUACCCGACAAGCAGAGGCAACAAUUCGUGUCUAUAUCGAACGACAUCGCUCAGAUAGGGACUGAUUUUGUCAAUCAAAUGGAGCACGCAAGGGAUCAUAUUGCCUUUUCAGCUCAACAAUUGAACGGCGUGGAUCCGACCUUGAUCCGAGGCCUCAAGUCCUGGAGCAGAGCCCAGAUCCCCGUCUACAGUCCAGCGUCGAAGAUGAUUCUGAAUUCUGCAAAUGACCCUUCGACGAGAAAGCAGAUUUAUGUUGCUGAAAGAACGGCGUCUCGACAGACUAUUGCGAGACUGGAACAGCUUCUCCUUCGUCGCGCCGAACUUGCAAAGCUCACAGGAUACGACAGUUUUGCACAGAUGACGCUUGCGGACAAAAUGGCCAAAACUCCGGCAGCUGUGAGUAAUUUUCUAGAGUCUUUGAAUGCAAACAACAGGCCGCAGGUACAGAAGGAGCUGGCACCACUACUAAAAAUCAAGCGGAAAUUGGAUCAGGGUGCGAGUGCCAUUGAUCCUUGGGACCAUAACUAUCUCCUUGCCAAACUGGCCCAAUCCGAAGCGAGGUCUGGCCCUCGAACCUCGAAAUCUCGACUGCACGAUAAUGUCAGUUCUUACUUCGCUUUGGGACAUGUAAUGCAGGGUCUUUCGAAUCUCUUCGAGUCAUUGUAUGGUGUUCGGCUUGUACCUAAAGAGGCGCAGCAAGGCGAGGUGUGGCAUCCAGAGGUGAGGAGACUGGACGUGUACACGGAUAAGCAAGAACAUAUCGCCACCAUGUAUUGCGACUUGUUUUCGCGUCCGGGGAAACUUCCGAAUCCUGCCCACUUCACACUACUUUGCUCCAGGGAGAUUUCGGAGGAAGAGGUUCGAGACUGCCAGGAAAGAGGCGAGCCACUGAACAACGGGAUGCCGACAUAUCUCGGGACCAACGCCAUAUCCGGUGUGACUGCUCAUCAUCAGAUUCCGGUCAUUGCCUUGGUGUGUGGGUUUCCAGACCCUAGCUCGUCUACAGGACCCUCGCUUUUGUCACUGCAUAGCGUCACUACCUUAUUCCACGAGAUGGGCCAUGCCAUUCACAGCAUCUUGGGGCGGACAUCUAUGCAAGGCAUCGCAGGGACACGAUGUGCCACGGAUUUUGCCGAAUUGCCUUCUGUUCUCAUGGAGUACUUUGCUACAGAUCCCUCUGUUCUGAAAACGUUUGCGCGACACUGGCAGACCGAUGCUGUCAUUCCGGAUGAGAUGAUUGCAGCUCUGGCGGAGGAAAGGACAAAACAAGCAGCUAGGACGGGUGCUUGGAACAACGAGAACCAGAUCCUCAUGGCUAUCCUUGAUCAGGUCUACCACUCGGACGGGCCUGUUGAGAGGCUCCCGAUAGGACACUACAAUUCUACAGAUGUCUUUCAUGACAUGUGGAACAAGUACGGAAGCGUUUCUGAGCCCCGCGAGACCAGGUGGCAAGGCUUUUUCGGACAUCUCUAUGGAUACGGCGCGACUUACUAUUCGUAUUUGUUCGACAGAGCGAUAGCACGACAAGUAUGGCGAUCUGUGUUUAGAGACGGAGAGAAUGGUGGCGCUCUUGACAGGUCGGCUGGCGAGCGAUUCAAGCAGGAGGUUCUCCGCUGGGGAGGCGGAAGAGAUCCAUGGUUGUGUCUUGAAGGGCUUAUGGGCGAGGGAAGGGGAGUGUUGGCGGAAGGUAAAGAGGAGGCUAUGCUUGAGGUUGGUAAAUGGGGUGUGGGAGCGUCGAGUGAAGGAUCGAUGUGAGUAUGAAGAUGUUGGAUACAUAUUUCAUCACACACUGUAUGACCACUCCAUUACAGGUAAAUUCUAUACUGAGCCUCGGAAUUGUUGGAGCAAUAAGCAUGAUGAUUGACACCAUUUACUUUUGCUUAUUAGUAUCAUCAAGUCGUAUACUACCAUGUGUGCCAAUUGAACGUGGAUAGAAUGCCCCUCUA